AUGGCCCCUACCGCCCAGUGGACGCCCAUCGAAGAUCAAACCCUCCGCGACUAUGUGUAUCUCCACGGCGGCAAGCAGUGGCGGGGGGUGUUACACCUCUUUGGCUCGAGCAAAACAAUCCGAGACUGUCAGCACCGGUGGAAGCUGCUCUCGCAAAAGUCAAUGGGGAAGCAGCCAUGGACCGACGCAGAAGACCAAGCCAUGAUGUCAUUGGUACGGGGGCUAGGCCCCCACAAGUGGGGUGUAAUUGCGUCGUACCUUCCUGGUCGAAGUGGAAAACAAUGUCGCGAAAGAUGGUGCAAUCAAUUGAACCCUUCUAUCUGCAAGGCGGCAUGGACUCCCGAAGAAGACAAACUGCUUGUGGCGUUGCAAGUUGAACAUGGAAAUCGCUGGUCCCUCAUUGCCGAGAAGUUGCCAGGUCGAACCGACAAUGCCGUCAAGAACCACUGGCAUGCCAGCGUCAAGAAAGCCAAGAUAUCCAACUUAGUCCCCACACCACAGACGUCACCCCCCUCCCCUAAAAAGUCGCCCUCACGACAUCCCAGUGGCAGUAGCUUACCCUUUGUGGAGUCGGACAUUUGGAAUCUCCAAGAUUUGGACCUGUCUACGGCCUCUUGUUGGAUGGAUACGGAUUUCAUAUGGGACAAUGUGAUGCACACAGCCGAGGAACCAGACGACGCCGACGCCUAUCAACACGUCGAGUGGUUGCAAUCGGUGGAUAUAUUCCCGUCCAACGUCGAAGGGUGCUGA